AUGCUCUUGCAGAUGAAGACGAUACACAAUCGGGUCAAGGAGCCCCUGGAGGAGGAGGAGUUCUUGCUAGCGGCUGCUUUGCGCAUCAAUAUCAUCCUUGUGAUCAUCCGAGUACGACACGCUGCAAUGAGACCUGCUCCUGUCGCCAGGCAGGAACUUUCUGCGAAAAGUUUUGCCAGUGCCCGCCCGACUGCCCGAAUCGGUUAG